AUGGCGGACGUGCUGGAACUUCACGAAGCGGGAGGCGAGGAUUUUCCUAUGGAUGAGGAUGGUAAUGAAAGCAUCCACAAGCUGAAGGAGAAAGCCAAAAAGAGGAAAGGGCGAGGUUUUGGCUCCGAUGAAGGCGCCAGAUCCCGCAUGAAGGAAGACUAUGACACCGUGGAGCAGGAUGGAGAUGAGCCGGGACCUCAGAGAUCCGUAGAGGGCUGGAUCCUGUUUGUCACGGGCGUUCACGAGGAAGCCACGGAGGAGGACAUCCACGACAAGUUCUCAGAGUUUGGAGAGAUCAAGAACCUUAACCUCAACCUGGAUCGCAGGACGGGAUACCUCAAAGGUUACGCUCUGGUAGAGUACGAGACCUACAAAGAGGCCCAGGCGGCUAUGGAGGGCCUCAACGGGCAGGACAUGAUGGGCCAGCCCAUCAGUGUAGACUGGGGCUUUGUCCGCGGUCCCCCCAAGAGCAGGCGCAGGACCGGCGGACGGCGACGCAGCAGGAGUCCCGACAGGCGACGUCGUUGA